AAAUUUUGUGUAAUGUAGAAAAAAAGGAAAAGAAAAAAAAAAAAAGAGGAGUAAACGCGGCAGCUCCCCGUCUCUCUCUCUCCAGCGCGCUAACGACGACCAGCCACCUCUCCGCCGGUCAGUUUCCGCCCCCACGCCUGCCAACCCUCGUACGUCACCGCCGCAGCAAUGGUUUUGAAGAGUUCCUCUUUCAAUCUUGUUACGCCAUCGCCACCUCUUCUUUCCCCUCUCUUCUCCAAUCCCCCCUCCAGGAUAAAUAUUACUGAGAAUAUAGCCAUUGAGGGACGCAAUCUCAGCUUCUCGAUCACCACGAAGCAGGGCAAUUUUGUGCCUAUUCUUAGGGAUUGUUCACUCCGCAUUCCUUCAGGACAGUUUUGGAUGCUUCUUGGACCUAAUGGCUGUGGAAAGUCCACCCUCUUGAAGGUCUUGGCUGGUCUUUUGAAUACAACAUCUGGUGCAGUAUACGUCAAGAAGCCAAAGUGCUUUGUCUUCCAAAACCCGGACUAUCAGGUAGUUAUGCCUACUGUGGAAGCUGAUGUUGCAUUUGGCCUCGGUAAGUUAAAUUUGAGCAAUGAUGAAGUUAAAUCAAGAGUUUUGGAAGCUCUGAGUGCAGUUGGCAUGUCUAGCUACCUUCAGAGAUCUGUCCAAACACUGAGUGGUGGUCAGAAGCAAAGAGUUGCCAUUGCUGGUGCUUUGGCUGAAGCAUGUAAAGUGCUUCUACUAGAUGAACUGACCACAUUUCUUGAUGAGAAUGAUCAGAUGGGGGUGAUCAAAGCAGUUAGGAAUUCUUUACACAAUUCUGAAGAUGUUACAGCAUUAUGGGUGACCCAUCGCUUAGAAGAACUCGAGUAUGCAGAUGGAGCUAUUUACAUGGAAGACGGGAAAGUCGUCAUGCAUGGUGAUGUGGCAAGUAUCCAAAGUUUCAUCCAAACAAAACAAUCAGAUUAUAUCAAGCGUACAUACUGCUCGUGACUGUCAUUUCUUUUUCAAUUGAUGUUUUUCUUGUUACAUUAUUAUAACAUUGUAGAAUAUAACUUUGUAUCAUCUUGGUUACAUAAUAAAAUCGUUUUUAUUGUUUAUUA